GCUACAUUCAUCAGCUAAAGUUAGCCAACAAUUGAUUUUAAUGCUAAUGUUUAUCAGUUAGACUUUGCUACACGCAUUCCACUCUGUGUGGACGGUGACAUUUGGUUUUCCGGACGACUGGAAUAAGAUUUAAAUCACUAUUUCGACUUUAUUCGCAGCUGCUGAAAAACUGCACUAACCGUCAGCCAUCUGUGGCGGCGUCAUUCCGCUACAGUGAGAGUCGCUGGGUCAGCUGCGACUAAUAAUGUGGUACAGUGUCGAGAAAUGACUCGCACUUCACUGCACCGUAACGGCAACUGCAAGUUAGCCCGGCUGUGAGCCGCCCAUGAUGGAGAAACGGAGUCAGUAACCAGUGAAACUAUCGUGUUUGCCUCCAAGUUCAAGAUGAUGUCCAUGACCUUUGGGGUGUCGAGUAGUGUUACGCUGCUGUUUGACUUCUGGGAUGUGCACGGGCCUGCAGGUAUGGUGCUGUCAGUGUUCGUGGUGUUGCUGUUGACAGUCUUCUACGAGUUGCUCAAAGUGUGGAGGGUGUGGUUGAGCUGUCACUCCAAGCUGGCUGAGCCGCAGUCGUCGUACGCCAUCACCCAGUCCCACCGCACCGAAAGCAGCUCCGUGCUAGAGAGCAGCCCCUCCGAAUCCUCACUGACCCCCAUAGAUUCACCAAGUCCAGCUCCCAGCACCAGGAAUAGCUGGUUGCUGCACGGUGUCCAGACGGUGCUCCACAUGCUGCAGGUGUCUCUGGGCUACAUGCUGAUGCUGUGCGUCAUGUCCUACAACACGUGGAUCUUCCUCGGGGUCAUUGUGGGCUCCGUCCUCGGUUAUUUCAUCUCUUUCCCUCUGCUGGGUCAGAUGUGACGGCAUGGACAGAGAUCAAAGGCGGCUGGUUUUUGGUCUCUUGAUAUAGAAGGAUCGCGUACCCUGGAAUCUAAAUGGAAAACUACUUGAGGGACUAUAGCUACAGUUAAUAUUUGGGAAUUACUGUUGGAGCAUGAAAGGGUGAACUCCCUCUAUUCUACGCUAAUGCACAAAACUCAUCAGGAUGUGGAAGCUGACAUUUUCAUGCAAAAAAAUCAUCACCUGUUUCAGUCUUCAAUCUCUGAUUUCUCAGUUUGGGACUCAGGUUUUUUAGAUUUCACACACUUUAAUCUCUGGAAAUACAAAGACACAAGGCCUUGACCAAAGGGACGCGUAUGAUUUCAUUAUUACCACUAGCUGAUUCUUCUGUGUUAAACCCAAACAAGUGAGUAAUGCUUGUGAAAAAUGGGAGCAGAGGAAUGCCUGCCUGUAACUCUUAACCUUUCUAUUAUUUAUCCCAAAACUGUCUAGAUUAGAUUUGAAGAGGUGAAACAUCCAUACCAGUAGAGCUAAGAGAUGGAUUAAGUAGUUGUCUGUAGUUUGGGGAAUAUUCUGAUAGUGAUUUCAUGUUUUUGUGGUCAAUACUGACAGACGUUUAUAGCUACUAACAGCUCACUGUAUUUUUAGGAGGUAUGACACUACAGGUGAUUCAAAGAUAGAAAAAGGAUAUCUCUGACAAUGUUGCUGAAACUUAUUAAAUUGUCUGUGUAAUUGCAGUGUUAUGAAGUGAAACUUUAAAGCAGAACAGCACUUUAGAGAUUUACAGUCAGAGGUCAUAAGACGGUUUGAGGAACUGACUCAAUCAUAUGAUUUGUGCUUGUAAACCCAGCUGAUGUGUCAACUAACUGACCAGUCAUUCUCAUACGCCCAUCAGAGGAGGGUGAAUGUGGUUCAUGUGGUUCUGUGGCAAUCAUUUACAAACCACAAACCUACAAAGAAGAAGAAAAGUUUGAGUGCCUUGAAACUGAGUUUUCAAAUGUGUUUUGUGAGGAUUUAAAACUACUAUUUUUUUAAUUGAUUCUGACUAUAAAAAAACUAAACAAUAUUAAAAAUAUAUGUGUAAUUUU